CCCACCCGCAUCCUCCUCCUCCGGUACCCUUUCCCUCUCUGUCCUCUUAUCAAGUCCUCUCCUCUUGUCUCGCUUCCAGCCCUCUGGCCAGCUUCCUCCCGCUCCCUUUCCCGGAUCCUCCCUCUACCCAGUCUCUCCCCAUUUCCCCAGUCUCAUCUAACUCCCUUUCUCCCUUCCUCUGGUCUGACUCGCCUGCCCCAUCCCGUCCCCGCCCUGUCCCCUUUGUGCCCCUUUUUCUUUUUCUCUCUCCCUCCCUGGCUUGGUGUCCCUUCUCCACCUCUAACUCCCUUCAGCUCGGCCUCCCUGUCCCCUUGCGGCCGCCAGCCUCCCUGCCCAAGGCCUGAGCCACCAUGCUGACCCCAAUGGUGGCUGGGGGGGUGGUGUUCCCCGGACUCUUUCUCCUCUCCAAGAACACGCUCCAGCGACUGCCCCAGCUGCGCUGGGAGGAGGCUGACGCGGUCAUUGUCUCAGCCAGGCUAGUGUCCUCUGUCCAAGCCGUCAUGGCCUCCACCGCUGGCUACAUCGUCUCCACCUCCUGCAAGCACAUCAUUGAUGACCAACACUGGCUUUCCUCUGCCUACACGCAAUUUGCAGUGCCCUACUUCAUCUAUGACAUCUACGCCAUGUUCCUCUGUCACUGGCACAAACACCAGGUCAAGGGGCACGGAGGGGACGAAGGGGGAGCCAGAGCCCCGGGCAGCAUCUGGGCCGUGGCGCGCGGCUACCUGCACAAGGAGUUCCUCAUGGUGCUCCACCACGCCGUCAUGGUGCUCGUCUGCUUCCCACUGUCGGUGGUGUGGCGUCAGGGCAAGGGCGAUUUCUUCCUAGGCUGCUUGCUGAUGGCUGAGGUCAGCACCCCCUUCGUCUGCCUUGGCAAGAUCCUCAUCCAGCUUUUUCUACUGCACAGAUAA